UUUGUUGAGCACAAACUUUACCAAACGCCCAUGGCCACCGAAGCUCCCGGCUAUACGACCCGAUUUAACGUCUCCGUUUCAACCCGACAACCCGAUUGCCCUGCUCCGUUUUGGAAGCUGCUAUAUUCCCUCGGAACGGACCAUUGAAGAUUGCAAGUGUUGUAGCAAUGAGUGAUGCAAUUGAUUUGAGCGGGGAUGGAGGGGUCCUCAAGAAAAUUGUAAGGCAUGCAAAACCAGAUGCAAUUGCUCCGACCCAAGACCUUCCCCUCGUUGAUGUUCAUUAUGAAGGCAUUCUUGAGGAAACCAACGAAGUUUUUGAUACGACACAUGAAGAUAACACAGUUUUCUCAUUUGAGCUGGGGAAGGGCAGUGUAAUCAAGGCUUGGGAUAUUGCAGUGAAAACCAUGAAGGUUGGGGAGAUUGCUAAAAUCACUUGCAAGCCAGAAUAUGCCUAUGGAAGUGCGGGUUCUCCACCAGAUAUUCCACCAGAGGCAACCCUUAUAUUUGAGGUGGAGUUGGUGGCUUGCAAUCCACGGAAGGGUUUAAGUUUGGGUAGUGCCUCAGAAGAAAGGGCCAGGCUAGAAGAACUGAAGAAGCAGAGGGAGAUGGCUGCUGCAAACAAAGAGGAAGAUAAGAAGAAGAGAGAAGAGGCGAAAGCUGCUGCUGCUGCUCGUAUUCAAGCUAAGUUAGAUGCCAAGAAGGGUGGAAAGGGAAAAGGCAAAGGAAAAUAGGCGCUUAAACACAUCUUUGCAUGAACGUGAUCCUUCAUAUAAAUAAAUAAAAAUUUAUUCAUGAGUUAGACAGAACCGUGACCUUUGUGCAACUUCACAGUACGACUUUGAAUGAUCUAUUAUUGUAUCUACUAUAAGCUUAUGUCAAAGCAUAUUUGAGGUACCAAUGGGUUAUUGUACUUCCCUUUUUUAAUAUGGAAAUAUCUGAGAUAUUGUAUUUCAAAUC